AACCAAGAAACCAAACUAACCCUACCCUUGCUGCGCUGCCCAUUUCCGUCGCCGCUGUCGUUGAUAUCUCCGGCGAUGCUCUGCGGCGUCGAGAUCCUCUGCUCCGUCGUCGCCGUCGUCGCGCGCGUGCUCGGCAGGGCGCUCAUGACAAUCUGCUCGCCCAAGUUCUCCACCGCCGGGCUCAUCGGCUCGCCGACGACGGCGUGGGGCGGCGGCGGAGCCAAGAAGAAGGUGCACAUGGAGAGCGAGAAGCAGCAGCUGCCGCCGCCGCCGUCGCCGCCGGCGCUGGUGCUCCCGGCGUUCAAGAGGAAUUGCACCGACCAGGAGCAGAGGGCGCCGGCGACGUCGACAAAGGCGGCGAGGGGGAGGCCGCCGAGGCUGGUCAUUCCGGCUGCGGCGCCGGUGGCGGUGGCGCGCGGCGGCGUGGACCCGUUCGGCGGGAGGGAGACGGACGUGGCGACGGAGACGGAGGUGAAGGGGGAGGGGUUCUGCCUGGCGAGCAGGAGAGGGGUCAGGCAUGCAAUGGAGGAUGGAUAUGGGGUGAUCACUCGUCACAAGAUUGAAGGAGGCUCCCAAUUGGCGUUCUACGGUGUGUACGACGGGCAUGGCGGCCGGGCCGCCGUGGACUUCGUCGCCGACAAGCUCGGCAAGAAUGUCGUCACCGCCGCCGCCGCGGCGACGACGAUGAGCCGACAUCAAGCAGCUGGCUCAUCAUCGCCGUCGCAGCAACGUCGAGAAGAAGAGGACGAUGUCACGGCGGCGAUCAGGGCUGCGUACCUGACCACGGACAGCGAGUUCCUGAGCCAGGGUGUACGCGGCGGCGCGUGCGCGGCGACGGCGCUGGUGAAGGACGGUGAGCUCUACGUGUCCAACGUCGGCGACUGCCGCGCCGUCCUCGGCAGCCGCGGCGGCGUGGCCACCGCCCUCACCUCCGACCAUACCCCCGGCCGCGAGGACGAGCGCCUCCGCAUCGAGAGCACGGGCGGGUACGUGAGCUGCGGCGGCAGCGGGGUGUGGCGCGUGCAGGACAGCCUCGCCGUGUCGCGCGCGUUCGGCGACGCCGGCGUGAAGCAGUGGGUGACGUGCGAGCCGGAGACGGCGCGCGUCAGCCUCGCCGCCGACGGCGACUGCCGCUUCCUCGUCCUCGCCUCCGACGGCCUCUGGUGCAAGGUGUCCAACCAGGAGGCGGUCGACGCCGUCGCCGCCGCCGCCGCCGCCGCCGCCGGCGUGGCCGGCAGCACGGACCCGUGCAAGGAGCUGGCCGCCAUGGCGAGGAGCAGAGGGAGCCGGGAUGACAUCACCGUCAUGGUCGUCGACCUGCAACCAUUCUUGCCGGUAUAGAGCCGGCAAACGUGCAUACCGUACGAAACAAUUUUGAUGUGAUUUUUGUUUUAGAAGUUAUACUACGAAAAGAUAUAUAUCCGAUUUUGUCUUUCUUUUUUUUUCUCACUUCAGUUGCACUUAGAAGUUGUAACUUGUACAUGUGUUUGUAACUUGUAAGUGGUUUUUGAAGUGAGCUUGCUAGGUAGAUGCAUAAGAGAUUAUACAAGAGUGACUGUAAUUUCUUUCUUACUUAUAUAAAGGGGGCUUACGCAUGCACACCA